UUUUUACUUUAUUUCAUUUUUAAAAAUCGUUCAACUUCUUCGGCAAAGACAGAAAAAACUGGGUUUUCCCGUUGCUUUCUCAAAUGGCAGAUUUUCCGAAAGCAGUGUUUACUGAGACGAACUUGGGCACCCGUCUCGCCGUUUCGAUUUCUCCGGAUAUCACAGCCGACGACUUCAAAAGCAAUCCUCUUCUUGAACCACUGGUUGCAGUACCUUUAAGGCUUUAAGAGAUUUCAUUUCAAUGAGUGGUCGAAAGGGCGCAUCUCAGUUGCUUCCCGGAAUUUGGAACUAUCAGUGUCAAAGCAGUGAUGACCAGGUGACGCGGAAGUUACAUCUUUAUCACCUAUCGGGGUCUUUGCCUCUCAAAUAUGCUUUUCCGGAUUCAAAUUCCACUUGGUUUCUUCAAACAGACGUUAUCUUGUUAAACGUCCCAACUCGUGUAGAUUCAUCGAAGCAUAAUGAAGCUGAAGUUCACAGGCGCAGUUCUGCUGCUACUGUGAUUACUGAUUCAGUUGAGCUGGGAGGCGUCUCCUUUGAAAAGAAAACAAAUUGCAAAAGAAAGAAAGCUAAGAUACGAAGAUUUACGUACCUCGGUGCUUCAGUGCUGAAGAUUUCUUCAGCUUGGUGUUUCCGCCGGAAGAAGAAAAGGAAAAAUGUGAAGAAAAUACCCAAGACGAGACACCAUAGACGAGGGCACACACCACAAUCUCUGGUUGAAAAAGAACUUCUCCGUGAAUUUGCUACCGGAGGGGAAGUGAAUCUGCGUAAAAAGGUGGACUCGAAUGUGAUUGCUGAGGCCACUAGUGAAACGGUUUCAGAACCAGCAUCAGUUUCAGGUAUUAUCAGGAAGUAUUUUUCGGAUUAUGAUGAAGUGGCCUCCGGUCCAGAAUCUAUGUUUACCACAUACCAAUAUAUACACAGGAAGCCGCUUAACCGUAGCAACAGAUGUGAAUACCAUAAAAAUCUGAUGAAAUCGCCUGCAACAGUCCAUGUCCCUCCCCAAACAGUUCAUAUCCCACCUCCCCAUGUAUCUCGCGUGGAGAUGCCCGGUUCUGGAGCAUUGAGAAAUAAGCAUAAAAGGCCAGAUAUUGGAAAGCGCCUUGUGCUUGCAUCAGGUAGCCUCGGGCUUUCUCCAAGUAAUCAACGUUCCAUACUUUCUCUGUGCCGUUACAAUGACGAAGAGUUGUCAUUUCAAGAAUUCCCAGCUACAAAGCAAACUUAGGAGACUGAAUAGCUGUGAUAGCAUGUAGAUAGUUGAGUAAAGCCUAACUCUUCUAGUAUCUUAAGAUGGAAUCUUUGUACAAAUGAAGUGAGUUUGUGGUGUUUGUGCUCAUUUAUAUAUGUUUUUUUCAGGCAAAUAUGCAUUUAUGAAGUGGGCAUUCACCUUUUGAGUUUUGAGAAUGACUGAAUGAAGAAUCUUGUAUUUCUUGUUAUGC